AUGGUCUGUUGGAUCUAUACAGCAAUACUUCGACCCAGGCUCACCUAUGCAGCAGUUGUGUGGUGGCCUAGGGCGCGGAAGAAAGCGGCGGUGGUGGCGCUCGAGCACAUCAGGGCUCUGAUUUUAAGAGGGGCUCUGGGUGUAAUGCAAACCACGCCGGUGACAGCUAUGGGCAUUUUGCUCGGGAUUGAACCACUUCAUCAGGUGGUGGUGGAGACGGCGGCGAUCGCUGCACACCGACUAGCCUGUGAACUGAAGUGGAAGGAGGGGACUGCGCACACUAAGUUCCCCAACGGCGUGCUGACCGACUCCAUCUUUGGAAUGAAGCAAGACAGGAUGCCAGCAGUUCGGGCCCUGAACAAGCGCUUUAAAAUGCAGGUCACAGGGCUCGUGGACGGGAAAGAACCUGGGGCACUGGUUCAGGCCUGGGACGGGGACGUCUGGAUUACAGAUGGGUCCAAGACUGGUACGAGCUCCGACGCGGGCAUUGUUUGCCGACAAAGGAGGGUGGCGGAAAGCCUGCCCCUGGAUGGGUACGCCACAGUUUUUCAGACGGAGAUCGUGGCGAUCCUAAGAUGUGCCCAACUGGCCCUGGAAGGGAGGGAGACAGGUGGGCGCGUGAGAAUAUGCUCGGACAGUCAAGCUGCUAUCAAGGCACUCGAAGCUCCGAUUUGCACCUCGCGGCUGGUCUGGGACUGCAGAAAUGCACUGGAGAAGCUGGCGAAGGAUAAAGAAGUUAUCGUGACCUGGGUCCCCGGUCACUCGGGGAUUGAGGGCAAUGAGAAGGCCGAUCGGCUCGCCAGGGCCGCAUCAAGAAUGGAGGUGUUUGGGCUGGGACCGGUGCUGGGGGUCCCUUUCUGCCUUGGCAGGAAGAGGCUUCGGGCCUGGUUACGGAACGAGCACCUCGAGUUUUGGAAAAAUGAGCUGAGGACCAAAUGUCGACAGGCCGGGACUCUCUACUGGGGGAAACACAUAGUGAGGGCCUAG